ACCAUCACAAAGAGGCAUCACCGUGUCAUUCUUGGAGAGCAUGAUCGUGGGUCCAAUGUUGAACCCAUCCAGGUCAAGCUAGUUUCAAAGGUCAUCACCCAUCCGCUCUACAGCAGCACGACUGUCAACAAUGACAUUGCUCUGCUGAAACUGUCGUCUCCAGUCACAUAUACUCCCCGUAUCUCUCCUGUAUGUUUGGCUCCAUCAACCAUCAACAUCCUGCCUGGAACACGUUGCUUUACCACUGGCUGGGGCCAAACUGCCACCACAACGAGCCCUCUGAUCCUGCAGCAAACAGGCAUCCCCAUCACAAGUCCUGCUGUGUGCAGGCAGAUCUGGGGUCAGAGCAGAAUCACUGAUGCCAUGAUCUGCGCUGGAGAAUCUGGAUCAUCAUCUUGCAUGGGUGAUUCUGGUGGUCCCCUGGUGUGUGAGAGAUCAGGGGUCUGGACUCUGGUGGGCGCUGUGUCCAGGGGAACCAGCACUUGUGACACCCGUUAUCCAGUAGUCUACGCCCGCAUCUCCCAGCUACGCUCCUGGAUCGACAGGACUAUCGCUUCCAACUAG